UCGGGGGCCGAGACACUUGCGCACAAAAGAAUAAAAAGCGGAGAGAGAGAGAGUGAGCGCGCUAGAGAGAGAAAGUGCGAGAAAAAUCGGAAGGUCACGCUGCUACGUUAAUGGCGGUUAGGGUUUUCUACUGAUCACCGGGAACCCUAAUCACCCCCUCUAUCCUCCCCAAUCUCUCUUUUCCCCCGCCCUCAAAACCCUAAUUUAACAUUUUCUUAAAUCCAAUUCUCCUGUUCGAUUCAGUCUCUUGCCCAAUUAUUCAAUUUUUGCUCCGAAUUCGAAUCGCAGACUUUGGAGCUACGAUGGGCGCGCCAGAUAAAGCGCCGGUCAAUUCGAAUUCGAUGCAGCGUGUUAAGGUUUACCGUCUGAGUGAGGAUGGAAAAUGGGAUGAUCAGGGAACUGGUCAUGUCACGGUUGACUAUAUGGAGCGUUCAGAAGAGCUGGGUUUGUUUGUUAUUGAUGAAGAAGACAAUGAGACAUUACUUCUGCAUCGAAUCAGCUCGGAUGACAUUUACAGAAAGCAAGAAGAUACAAUUAUCUCAUGGAGGGAUCCAGAAUAUUCUACUGAAUUAGCUCUCAGUUUUCAGGAGCCUACAGGCUGCUCUUACAUAUGGGACCACAUAUGCAGCGUUCAAAGGAAUAUACAUUUUAAUUCUCUUAGCAAUGAGACAUUUCACAGUGCAAACAGUGAGUUGAGGGAGCUCCCUACGGUUGAGCUAUCCACACUUCCCUUAAUCGUUAAGACUGUGACUGAGAGUGGCAUUGCUGAACAGAUGCGACUUACAGAAUUGAUAUUGACUGAUCAAGAGUUUUUUCGAAAGCUCAUGGGCCUAUUUAGAAUCUGUGAAGACUUAGAAAAUGUUGAUGGUCUUCACAUGAUAUACAAAAUAGUAAGGGGGAUCAUUCUGCUGAAUAGUCCUCAGAUCUUUGAGAAAAUAUUCGGUGAUGAUUUAAUCAUGGAUAUUAUCGGUUCCCUUGAGAAUGACCCUGAAUUAUCUAAUGUCCAACGUCAUCGUAACUUUUUGAAAGAACAUGUUGUUUUUAAGGAGGCCAUACCGAUUAAAGAUGCUAUUGUGUUGUCAAAGAUACACCAGACGUAUAAAGUUGGAUAUUUAAAGGAUGUUGUUUUGGCUAGAGUUCUGGAUGAGGCCACAGUUGCAAAUCUCAAUUCCAUUAUUCAUGCAAACAACGCUGUCGUUGUUUCUUUGCUAAAGGAUGACAGUACCUUUAUUCAAGAAUUGUUUGCUAGAUUACGGUCGCCAUCCACCUCUGCGGAAUCUAAAAAGAAUUUGGUAUAUUUCUUGCACGAGUUUUGUAGUUUAAGCAAAAGCCUGCAGAUGGUCCAGCAGCUUCGGCUAUUUAGGGAUCUCAUGAAUGAAGGAAUCUUUGACAUUGUAACUGAUGUGUUGCAGAGUGAAGACAAAAAGCUUGUAUUAACUGGGACAGAUAUCCUGAGUCUUUUCAUGAAUCAGGAUCCAAACCUUCUGCGUUCAUAUGUUGUUCGUCAGGAAGGAGCUCUACUUUUUGGACUCUUGGUUAAAGGAAUGAUUACAGAUUUCGGAGAGGACAUGCACUGCCAGUUUCUUGAAAUUCUUCGUAGUCUACUAGAUUCAUACACAUUGUCAGGAGCUCAGAGAGAUGCAAUUAUCGAGAUAUUCUAUGAGAAGCAUCUGGGGCAGUUAAUUGAUGUUAUAACAGCGUCAUGUUCUUUGGAAGGCAAUGGUCAAUCAUUUGAUAAAUCUUCUAUCUCUGGUGGAAGAGGUGAAAGUCAGAGUGUUGCGAAGCCUGAAAUAUUAUCAAAUAUAUGCGAAUUGCUUUGUUUUUGUGUCCUUCACCAUCCAUUCAGAAUAAAGUGUAACUUUCUGCUUAGUAAUGUGAUGGAUAAAGUUUUGUUGGUUACACAAAGAAGAGAAAAGUAUUUAGUUGUUGCUGCAGUUCGAUUUGUUCGCACUAUUCUUUCACGUCACGAUGAGCAUCUGAUAAAUCAUAUUGUUAAGAACAACCUUCUGAAGCCAAUUGUCAAUGCAUUUGUUGGUAAUGGAAAUCGAUAUAACCUGCUGAACUCGGCUGUUUUAGAACUUUUUGAGUUCAUCCGGAAGGAAAACUUGAAGUCGUUGGUUAAAUACUUGGUUGAUUCAUUCUGGGAUCAGUUGGUCAGAUUUGAGAAUUUUGCUUCGGUUCACUCCCUCAAAGUAAAAUAUGAGCAGUGCCUAGAACAUUUUGGAACCAAAGGCACGGCUAAUGUGUCAGACCCUAGAAAACGAAAUGAUGAGCGUGCUUUGGAGAAAGAAGAAGAAGAGUAUUUCAACGAGGACAGUGAUGAAGAAGAUACAGCAUCUGCAUCCAUGCCAAAUACCCAAAAAGUACAGGCCCAACCGCAACCUGUUUUAUCCAAUGGAGUUGCUGCAAGUUAUCCACCAUCCAGUCCAAGGUCUGUUGGGCUGGUGGAUUAUGAUGACGAUGAGGACGACGAAGACUACAAGCCACCGCCCAAGAAACAUCCUGAACCUUCUGAUGAAGAGGAAGGAACAAUGGAGUCCCUUAGGUUGAAGCGGAAAUUGGCUUCUAAGGAUAGGGAGACCGAGCUAGCAAAGAGGCAAAGGUUGGGUAAAAACUCCAAGCCAAAAGAAAGUGUGUUUGCUGCUUUGUGUACAACUCUAAGCCAGGCAGUGCUACCGAAUAAGAAAAUUGCAAGCAGUAUGCAUACAACUCGCAUAGCUGAGGGGGUCAACAACUCAGGUGAAGGGAAAAAUCAAGAGAAUGAUGAGCAUGCUAUUUCUAAGAGCUGUUCUGAGAACAACAGUUGCGAUGAUGCUGACAAUAGGGAAAAUGAGCCUACUACUUCUAGAGGCUGCUCGGAUCACUUGCAUGGCACACCGGAUGAUAGACAGUUGGGUGGAGAGGACUGCCCGUUGAUACCACCAAAAUCUUCACCGGAAAUGGCUGUAAAUGGGUCGUAAGUUAUAUUUAGCUAACGGGGUUACUGCUUUGUGUUGUUUAUGCAACUCGUGAAUGCGUGCUUGGUGCCAGAAAGCGGUGCCCGGCCGCGGAUGAGCAUUCAUUUGGAAGA